UCUCAGCCUCUUUCUCCCCGGUUUUCACCAUUAGCUCUACUGGGGCCAGGUCAGGAGGAGCUGUCCAAGUUCUUGACAGUCCCUGCAGGUGGAGACAGGCUCUGCUUGCAACAGAAGAGAAAGAGAGCGAGGAGGUGCAAUUUUCUCAGCAUCAGCUGCCCAUGGAAAAAUAGCCUGUCAGGCCAUCAUCUAGAGGACGUGGCAAGAGGCACCAUGAGCAGCAAUGAGAAGCAAAUAGACCCUGACUCAUCCCCUCUGCCUGAGCCACCAAAGAGGAAGAGGGGAAGACCAAAGAAGCAGCCACAGGAGCUUCUGGGACCUUUGCCCCUAAAGAAACCGCGAGGAAGGCCAAAAGGAAGCAAAAAACUGAGUGCCAGCAGCGGGCAGACGGUAGAAUCUUCAGCUGAGAAAAGACCAAGAGGGAGACCCCGAAAGUGGCCUCAGCUACUGAUCCAGGAGAAAGAAACCCAGGAAGGAUAUCUCCAAGAGAGCAAUGACCUGAAUGCUAUGUCACCGCCUGCCACAGGAGGUUUGGGAUUAGAUAAACAGAAUUACGCGCUCCUGGAAAAGAUUCUCAAAGGACAGGCAGGACUACAGGCCUCAGGAGAUCUCUGA